GAAUCACUGGCAGAAUGGAGUCAGUCACAAGCAACCAAAUCAAUCGAGUGACUAAGCUGGAGGAGCUGCAUGCGCACACAAUGCAAGCUUUGGAGCAGAGCAUUCACACGAUGGAUCGAAGCAUGAAAGCUCAUGACAGCACUCCGGUUCCCAGCGUGACUCCUCCCUUCGGCCUCGUCCUGUCUGAACAGCCCAUGCGCGGAUUCAAGUUUGUUGUCGACAAGGUAAUACCUGGAUCUGCUUCCGACCUCGGAGGUCUACGUCAGGGCGACUACAUUGUGGGCAUCGAUGGUUCCAAGGCCAACGCCAUGCAGAUCAGAGAGCUUGUUCAGUACAUCAACACGAAGAAGAGCCAUGCCGUCAUGAUGUUUGAGGUCCUCCCAAAAGACAGCAACGAAGUUCAGACUCUAUGGAUUCAUCGAGAUGCAGCUUUCGCCAGACAGAGUCCCAUAAGGACCAGUUUCUCCCAAGAUGAAUCAGUCGGUCGAUAUGCCGACGCAGAGUAUGAGAAGAUGAUGCUCGAUGCUUCAAAUCUUUCACACGCUCGAGAUUCUUAAGAAAUGUUCCUCUUUUUUCCAUCAUAACAGUUGCUUUUUCCUCUUUUACGUCAAUCAUGUCAUUAUCCAAUGAAAAGGUCUUCACGAUC